AUGGCUCAUUUAAUUAUUUCCUUAUCAAAACUUGAUUAUGUAUUAAGAAAUGCAACAAAUAAAUGUGGACUUGAAAAUUCAUGUAGAAACAAUGAUACAAAUUUGAGAAAAAACGUUGAUAAUGGAAAUAAUAAAAAAUUAAUAACAAAUUUAGUUCCACCAUUAACAACAAAUCCUACAAUUGAAAGUGAUCAGUUAUCUUACAUUCGCGAUCACGCGCCAACACACGUAACAAAGGAAACUUCACAAAAUCAAAUUGGAUAUAAUAAAAAUGAUAAAAAAAAAUCUACUACAAAUGUAUCACAAAUUUCGCCUGAUGGAGAUAGAGUAGAAUUUCAAAUACAAGGCCAUGAAGGUCCAAAAACAUAUAUCUUUGGAUUUGAUACCGGAAUCGGAAAAAACAGACAAUACAGAUUAGAGGAACGUUUCAAUGAUGGUACAGUGAAAGGUCAUUAUGGUUACUAUGAUGCUAGAGGAAAAUUACGUACUGUUAAAUAUAUUGCUAAACCUAUUGAAGGCUAUCAAGAAAAGCAUCAUGAAACAAUUAUCCAAGGAGUUGAGCAUUGAAUUUCGUUUACUAACAA